AUGGAUAGAGAGCAAGAAGAGAUGCAAUUUUUAGGCCUUUUUGGGAUCUAUGCAGAAGCCUACAAAGUGGUUUUUAGAUGGAGAAAAAUCUUCAGCAAAAUCACCCUAUCUUUGAUCCUUCCACUAUCCUUCAUUUUCUUGGCUCAUAUAGAACUAUCCCAUCUACUCAAGAUAAAAGUCAUCCACACUGAAAACCAAUUGCAUCGUGCCCAAUCAGAGCCUCAAAAAAGCAAGAAACUCACUGAUUUGAAUUGGUACAACAUCACUUACCUCACAUUUCUCCUCAUUUUUUCUCUGCUUUCCACUGCUGCUGUUGUUUACACGAUUGCCUGCAUAUAUACCGGCCGAGAAAUAACCUUCAAGAAGGUCAUGAGUGUUGUCCCAAAGGUCUGGCAAAGGCUUGUGGUCACUUUUCUGUGCGCUUUUCUUGCUUUCUUUGCUUAUAACCUCAUAGCUUUAUAG